AUGCCUCCUCGAUUUCAACCAACACAAACUGUCAUUCAAAGACCUCUUCAGAAUGAAAUACUCACGUUAAACAAGUUGCUGGGAAAUGACAUUCUGGAACAAGCAGCACGCAUCCUUGAUCAUUUUGCUGCUACCAGAGAAAAUAAACUUGAGGCAACAUCGUUUCAGACACCUCCUCAAUUAAACGAUAAGCUUUUAGAAAAAUGUGAAGAUUUCGAAACCGUGUGCGAUCAAAUCUAUUUCAUCUUGGAACAAUCCAAGCGUGUUUUACAGUUAGAGUGGCAACAAAAGAUGAUUCAGGUCAAAGCGGAUAAUCUAGCCAAAGAAAAACAAUUGGCUGAAAAAUCAGAGGAAGAUCAACAACACCCUGAAGCCAUGGAUACCGAUAUGGAUUUCGAUUCUUCUCAUAUGGAUGUGUCCCUUUCUUUAGAUGAUACAACCAUGGUAGAGGCAAAUAAUUCCCAACAGCAACAGAAGCAGGGAUUAAAUACAGAGAAUAUUGAUGAAGAGGAUAUGGAGGAGUUGUUGCAAAUUCAAAGAGAUCGUCUAGAUAGAUUGAAAAAGGUCAUUGUGUUGGGAAUGGAUGCUGAUACCGUAAAAGCAAAUGGAAGAAAUGGCGGCAAAGAGGAUUUACUCUUUUAA